AUGACCAAGCAGGCCCAGGUAGUGGCCAAGGAGGCCCAGGUAGUGACCAAGCAGGCCCCGGUAGUGACCAAGCAGGCCCCGGUAGUGACCAAGCAGGCCCAGGUAGUGGCCAAGCAGGCCCAGGUAGUGACCAAGCAGGCCCCGGUAGUGACCAAGCAGGCCCCGGUAGUGACCAAGCAGGCCCAGGUAGUGGCCAAGCAGGCCCAGGUAGUGACCAAGCAGGCCCCGGUAGUGACCAAGCAGGCCCCGGUAGUGACCAAGCAGGCCCCGGUAGUGACCAAGCAGGCCCCGGUAGUGACCAAGCAGGCCCCGGUAGUGGCCAAACAGGCCCAGGUAGUUACCAAGCAGGCCCAGGUAGUGACCAAGCAGGCCCAGGUAGUGACCAAGCAGGCCCCGGUAGUGACCAAGCAGGCCCCGGUAGUGACCAAGCAGGCCCCGGUAGUGGCCAAACAGGCCCAGGUAGUAACCAAGCAGGCCCAGGUAGUGACCAAGCAGGCCCAGGUAGUAACCAAGCAGGCCCAGGUAGUGACCAAGCAGGCCCAGGUAGUGACCAAGCAGGCCCAGGUAGUGGCCAAGCAGGCCCAGGUAGUGGCCAGGCAAGCCCAGGUAGUGACCAAGCAGGCCCCGGUAGUGACCAAGCAGGCCCAGGUAGUGACCAAGCAGGCCCAGGUAGUGGCCAAGCAGGCCCAGGUAGUGGCCAAGCAGGCCCAGGUAGUGACCAAGCAGGCCCAGGUAGUGGCCAAGCAGGCCCAGGUAGUGGCCAGGCAGGCCCCGGUAGUGACCAAGCAGGCCCCGGUAGUGACCAAGCAGGCCCCGGUAGUGACCAAGCAGGCCCCGGUAGUGACCAAGCAGGCCCCGGUAGUGACCAAGCAGGCCCCGGUAGUGACCAAGCAGGCCCAGGUAGUGACCAAGCAGGCCCAGGUAGUGGCCAAGCAGGCCCAGGUAGUGACCAAGCAGGCCCAGGUAGUGACCAAGCAGGCCCAGGUAGUGGCCAAGCAGGCCCAGGUAGUGGCCAGGCAGGCCCAGGUAGUGACCAAGCAGGCCCCGGUAGUGACCAAGCAGGCCCCGGUAGUGACCAAGCAGGCCCCGGUAGUGACCAAGCAGGCCCCGGUAGUGACCAAGCAGGCCCCAGUAGUGACCAAGCAGGCCCAGGUAGUGACCAAGCAGGCCCCGGUAGUGACCAAGCAGGCCCCGGUAGUGACCAAGCAGGCCCAGGUAGUGGCCAAGCAGGCCCCGGUAGUGACCAAGCAGGCCCCAGUAGUGACCAAGCAGGCCCCGGUAGUGACCAAGCAGGCCCCAGUAGUGACCAAGCAGGCCCAGGUAGUGACCAAGCAGGCCCAGGUAGUGGCCAAGCAGGCCCAGGUAGUGGCCAGGCAGGCCCCGGUAGUGACCAAGCAGGCCCCGGUAGUGACCAAGCAGGCCCCGGUAGUGACCAAGCAGGCCCCGGUAGUGACCAAGCAGGCCCCGGUAGUGACCAAGCAGGCCCCGGUAGUGACCAAGCAGGCCCCAGUAGUGACCAAGCAGGCCCAGGUAGUGACCAAGCAGGCCCCGGUAGUGACCAAGCAGGCCCCGGUAGUGACCAAGCAGGCCCCGGUAGUGACCAAGCAGGGUCCGGCAGCCAAGAUGGCGGCCAGCCUGAGGCCUGGGGGCGGGCACUGA